AUGCUGUCUCUCUCGGUGUCGUUCACGUGUAACGUGCCGGUCGACGCUCUGCCGACGUGCCGCAGACGACCGUUGACCUCUGACGUCACCGGUGACGAGGUAACGGUCAGCAGCGAGGAAAGCAGCCUCGUGUGCGACGUCGUCGCCGCCGCUUGGGGCGCUGCCGACGCGACGUCGGUCGCCGACGGCGUGUGCGCGACGACGGACGACGAGGAGGAGGCGUCGGCUGAUACGACGGACUUUACGAAAGACGCGGCCGACGACGGAGAGCGUAAAGGUCAUCGGAAGGUCAUCAUAGCCGCCGACAACGACGUCGCCGCAUGCGAAACGACGACCGACGACGCCGACCACAAUGACGCUGACGCAGCCAGCAAUGACGCAGCCGAUGACGCUACCGGUGACGCAGAUGUUAAUGCUCAGCGGACGGUAGUAACUGCGGCCAGUAUACGGCAGACGGGAAGCGCGCACGUGAUGACGCUGGCGCGGGGUGCGUCAGACGCUAGCACGCGCUCUGCCGCCGCGCGGUGCGUCACCCGGGCAGCGCGCGUGACGCAGAGAACAGAGGAAGCCGUGGGAUGCGUCACCCGGGCCGUGGGGAAGACAGAAAGGACAGAGGAAUCCGUGGAAGACGACAAUGAUCAGGAGAAUCACAGACCGAGCAGUCUGAAAACAAACGCGUGCGACGCGCAUGCGUCGAUGGGUAGAAAACCGCGGGAAACGCUAAAGCCGGCAGGUGGCGCUGGCGGCGACUGCGUGAAAUUCGCGAAGAAGCAGCGAUUGGUGACGCAGCAGCGGGAGAAGGAGAAGGAGAAGAAGAAGAAGAAGAAAAUUGUUACAUUUAAGCUGGAGCCCAGGUCUUCACUGUUCCCUGCGGAAUACUACACGGCAGAGCUUCGCAAGCAUCUGGACACGGCCGAUAGGGUGCAUGCAGAUCUCACGAGCCUGCCUGAGGGUGAGGAGGCCCUUGCCACGCCCCAAGCCACGCCUGUUAACAUAUCGAGUCUACUGCGCCGGCUUACUAAUUGGUUCAUCUCUAUUCUCCGCACCGUUGGUCUGCAGCCGACAUCGUCAGAGCGUGUCCUGGUCGCCGACGGAACUAGACGGUUCUGCUGUUGUCGUCUCAUCAUACUCUACGUACCUGUGUGUGUGUGUGUGCGCGCUACCUGCGUGUAUGCGUGUGUGUGGUUAUAUGUGACAGUACAUGCCCGCUGCCUGUGUGAGUGCGUGAGCACGUGUAUGCGCGUGCGUGGAUAUAUGUGACAGUAAAUGACGGGUACCUGCGUGUGUGCAUGCGUGCGCGUGUGUGCGUGUGUAGAUAUAUGUGACAUUGCAUGCUUGCUGACUGUGUACGUGCGCGUGCGUGCGUCCGCGUGUGUGCGUGCGUGCGUGCGUGGAUAUACGCGAUUGCGUGCGUGCGUUCAUACCCAUUGCCUGCGAACAGGUGAAAUAGCAGCAGAUGCGCGGAAUUACAAGCACACGAGCUCCUGCCCGCAGGAAAUACAAGACACGGGUGAACCCUGAAGCAAAGGGUUAAGUGAAUCACCGAUUAAGACCUGAGUUAUAAUCCUUCCUUAUGCGUGUUAUUUGGCGGGCGCUUCGCGCCAUAUCUACCGGGUAGAGAGUACAGAGAAAAGGCGUCAACAAAGUCAACAGUGACGUGGGGGCGUGUAUGCCGCUUAUAUCCGCGCUGUGCGAAUUUGUCGCCGCGGAGAAAGACGAUACAGAGAGCAGGGACUGUGCACGAAUGAGAAACGUCACUGUAUUGUCAGUAUAUACCUAUGGAGAGGUGAUUGAUAGAUAGACGCUACAGCGUGUGACUGACUUUACCUAUGCGCUAAGGAUCUACAACUGUGUGUAAAAAUGUGUAGGUCUACAACUUUACCAGUGCUCUCAGUGUGUUCAACUUUACCAGUGCUCUCAGGAGCUGUGUUCAACUUUACCAGUGCUCUCUGGAGCUGUGUUCAACUUUACCCGUGCUCUAUCUGUGUUGAACUUUACCAGUGCGACGUAUAUGUUAAUAUACAAAAGCUUAGAGAGAUUCGUGAACCACGUACGCUACAUCAUGUAAGAUUCCGUUGGCUUAAGAAAAGGCGACUGGAAAGCAGUGAUAGUAUAUGUGGAUCAGCUAUAUAGCAGCUCUGUAAGUU